AUCUGAUGCCAUAAUAUACUUACUUGACAGCUGGAGAGCGUAUUGAUUUAUUAUCGUAAAAAUUUCUAGCAAUUUAAGUAUUUCUUUGUAAAAAUUCAUAUUUAUUUGUUUAAAAAUAACAAAGUUAAUGGCUUCAACUAGCUCUUCAAGCGUUUUGGAAGAACGACGCAUUUGGGUAGGAAAUUUGGAUCCCAGGCUAAGCGAGUUUCAACUUUUGAAAAUUGUGCAAAAAUGCGGUGCCAUUGAAAAAUUUGAUAUGCUGUUCCAUAAAGGUGGCCCGCUACAGGGUCAAUCGAGAGGUUAUGCAUUUGUAACUUUUGCACAGGCUGAAGGCGCCAUUAGAGCAUUGGACAAACUUAAUGGCCAUAUGGUAUUAAAUCGUCCCAUAGCAGUGAGAUUAGCAAAAAAUGUAAAUUAUGAUGAACUAGAACGUCCUAAACCAAAAAUAGAAAUACCUGCUCUCGGCACUGGCAAGAAGGAAGGCAAAAUUAGCAAAGAAGAAGCCAUAAAAGCCAUCGAACAAAAACUUAAACUCUUAGAAAGCCAAAAAGAUGAUUUAGAAUUUAAUCAAUCCUUAGCCUGUGAAGUACCUCUCAUACAAAAGUAUCAAUUCAAUAAAGAUCGAGAUAGUAGUGGAGCUUGCACCACGUCACAACGAAGAACAUAUCAUAAAAGCAGCUCGGGUCCCUAUAAUCGUCAUCAAAGGCCCAAAAGAAGAUAGAAAUUAGUUUAAUUUUCUUUUCGUUAGAAACAAUCUGGACUUUAAUUUAAUUUUAC